AUGCCACACCGCGAGGGCGUCAAGAAGCAAAAGAUCAACACAUACAAUGUGUUGCUGCUGUGUUUUAUCGGCCUUGGGUCGCUGACCUACGGCUACACAGCCUCGAUCAUCGGGACCACCCUGGGUCAACCAUCCUUUAUCAAAUACUUCGAGCUCGACACCAGAAGCAAUGGAACUGACCUGUUAAGUUCCAUGAAUGGCCUGUUCCAGACUGGCGGCACUAUUGGGACCUUGAUGCUCCCCUAUGUCGCUGAUCGAUGGGGUCGUAAAUGGGCAAUCGUCCUGCCGGCCGUCAUUGCUAUCAUCUCGGGCGCUUUCCUGUGUGGUAGCACCAAUGUUGGCGAGUUCUUGCUCUUUCGAUUCUUUGCAGGCGCCUCAGCCUUCAUGAUCCUUGCAGCUGUUCCGAUUUGGAUGUCAGAAGUCGUGCCGGUCGAUUGGAGAGGAGCGCUGGUCGACGUUCAUGCCGUCUUUCUUAUUCUCGGUUACACCAUCCAAGGAUGGGUCGGAUUCGGCUUCUAUUUCUGGAAUGGAGGCGAGAAUACGUGGCGACCUCCGAUAGCUCUUCAAUGCGUUUGGCCGCUGCUCCUUCUUUGUGGUAUCUACUGGGUUCCCGAAUCGCCUCGUUGGUUGGUCAUGCAGGGCCGCAUCGAUGAAGCAAAGGAGAUUCUCUUCAAGUUGCAUUCCGACCCGAACGACCCGGACAACGAGUUUGCAAAUGCAGAGUAUUACCAGAUCCAGAAGCAAAUCGCCAUCGACAAGACUCUGGGCAACUCGUGGAUGCACAUGAUCAAGAAGCCAUCCUACCGAAAACGCUGCCUGCUUGCAAUCGGAACGACAGGAAUUAUCCAGUGCUCUGGCGUGUUAGUUAUCAAUAACUACGGACCGACCUUGUAUGCCAAUCUCGGGUUCAGCCCAAUCAAACAGCUGCUCUAUCCGGCUGGAUGGCUCACCCUGACCCUGGGCAUCAACAUCAUGGCCAUGGGCCUGGUCGACCGAUUUCCGCGAAAUCGAUACAUGGCAUUCGGUGUAUUGGGCUGCAUGGUCACCCUGAUCAUCGAAGCGGCAUUGGUCGCAGAAUUCGUGCCAUCCAACAAUCAAUCCGCCCUCCUGGCGGCUGUGGCCAUGUUCUACAUCUUCCAGAUCUUUUAUGGCUUCUGUCUUGACGGCACCCAAUUCAGCUACCUCAACGAGCUGUUCCCCAGCCAUAUCAGAGCCAAGGGCGUCUGCUUGGGAGUCUCGAUGAUUUCGCUCAUGAAUAUUAUGUGGCUUCAGGCCGCUCCCACUGCUUUCAAGACGAUUGGGUGGAAGUUCUACCUCUGUUUCAUCAUCCCUGGCACGAUUGGCGGCUUCAUCAUGCUGUUCUUCUUCCCGGACACCAAGGGCAUGCCUCUGGAGGAAAUCGCCGCCAUUUUCGGCGACGCUGACGAGGUGGCCAUCUAUCAACGCGAGAUUGAGAUCGACCACAUCACCCACACCGUCAUCACCCACGAACAUGCCGGCGAAAAGACUACCACCCCCAUCGUCACCGAGGAUCUCAAGACGGCUUCCGACGCCGUCUAA